AUGAAGGGGCUACUGGUGCUGACUGUUCUGUUUGUGGCUGUGUUUGGCAAAAAGACCUUUGAGGGAGACCAGCUUCUUCAGAUCACUGCAAAAGAUGAGGCACAGAUCUCUCUCCUGAAGGAACUUUCUGAACAGGAACACCUCGGGUUGGACUUCUGGAGGGAACCCGUUCAUGAGUCCUUGCCUGUGGAUGUCCGUGUCCCGUUUCACAGCCUACAGGCAGUCAGGGCGUUCCUGGGAUACAAUCAGAUCCAGUAUAAUGUUAUGAUUAUGGAUGUCCAGGAUUUGCUGGAUGAUGAGGAACGUGAGAUGGUGAAAUAUCGUUCCUUUCCAAGAAGUACCGAUGACUUUGUCUACACCACAUACCAUGAUCUGAACUCUAUUAACUCUUUCAUAGACAUGCUUGUAGCAGAGAACAGCAAUCUGGUCAGCAAAAUUGUGAUUGGUCAGAGCUACGAGAACCGCCCCUUGAACGUCCUAAAGUUCAGCACUGGAGCGAACCGUCCAGGUAUCUGGAUCGACACUGGCAUCCACUCUAGAGAAUGGGUCACCCAGGCCAGUGGAAUCUGGUUUGCCAAGAAGAUCGUGACAGACUACGGACGUGACCCCGUCCUCACCGACAUCCUUAGCAACUAUGAUAUUUUCUUGGAGAUCGCCACCAACCCUGAUGGUUUCGCAUACACCCACAGCAAUGACCGAAUGUGGCGUAAAACCAGAAAGCCCAACUCUGGCUCCAGCUGUGUUGGAGUUGACCCCAACAGGAACUGGGACGCUGGCUUUGGAGGUGCUGGUUCCAGUAGCAACCCCUGCACUGAGACGUAUCGCGGACCCAGCGCUCAUUCUGAGCCCGAGGUCAAGGCCAUUGUGGACUUUGUGAAAUCACACGGCAAACUCAAGGCCUUUGUGUCCAUCCACAGCUAUUCCCAGAUGCUCCUCUAUCCAUACGGAUACACAAGCACUCCUGCAAAGGACCAGGCUGAACUGCAUGAGCUCGCCAGGAAGGCUGUCACUGCCCUGCAGUCACUGUAUAACACUCGCUACACAUAUGGAAGCAUCAUUACUACCAUCUAUCAAGCCAGUGGAGGCACUAUCGACUGGACCUACAACCAGGGCAUCAAAUAUUCCUACACCUUUGAGCUGAGAGACACUGGCCGCUAUGGUUUCCUCCUGCCUGCCAAUCAGAUCGUCCCCACUGCUGAGGAGACCUGGCUGGCCCUGAUGGCCAUCAUGGAGCACACCAGGAAUAAUCCAUAUUAAACAUAUAACAAUGCUUCUGUGAUGAGUCAAAGUGAAUAAAAGAGUGUUAAUAAAAACAACAAAAACAUUUA